GUAGUGCAAUCAGUAGCUCGAAUACAAAUAAAAUGUUUCUGUAAUUUAUUUAGUCUAACCAAUAUAGUUGUUAUUUCUGGGUGGAGAACUUACAUAGAAAGAGUUCACUAUCAUGUGAGGUCUGAUUUAGGGUAUUGUUGUGCGUAGUUGUUUUUCAUGUAAGUACAUUGUUAGAUCAGGAUAUCAAUGUGAUAGUGAACAUAUUUCAUGUAAGUAGCGAGAGAAGCAAAAGAGAAUCUCUUUAACCUCUGGUGGAGUGACUAGUCUACACGAAAUCUCACGUGCAACACAAUGUAGCUUUUCGUUUUCUUGGCUAAAGCUCAUUUAAAAAGAAACCAGAUCGAGUUUCUUAUUUAGAGAUGAUAAAAGGGUGUGUUUGUUUGGUCUUUUGGGUGUAGUGCUUUGGCAUAGCUAACUUCAACCCUAAUAAAAAUUUCUUUGAUUUGGGUUCUCUUUUAGAGGAAAGAAAAAACCUCCUCACCCUUCUAACUUCCUUUUCCCUUUUGAACCACACAAAAGCCCCUCGUACACUUUCACUCACUACCAUAAACAGAUUCUGCAGUAGUUAAAAAGUUAUUAGAGUGAUCAAAUCAUGGCAUUAGAAGCUGUGAUUUACCCACAAGAGUACCUAUUUGGCUUUGGUUGCAAAGAUUACUACUCUUUUAAUGGAGGUGGUUCUUGGGGCAGUGACUUCAGCUUACAAGACCGACAAGGCAUCAUUGAAAAUUGGGACUACUGCUCAUCAUUUCCUUCACUUUUGCAAAAUGUGAAAGAUUGGGAUCCUAACUCCUCACCUGAGGCUUGCACAGUUGAUCAAUCUUGCCCACCAGGACACCUCUCUGCCAUGGAAACACCACCGCCCCCGCCACCACCUGCAACAACGAAUCGCCGCAAACGGCAUCGCACCAAGAGCAGCAAGAACAAGGAGGAAAUUGAGAACCAGAGGAUGACGCACAUUGUUGUGGAGCGCAACAGGCGCAAGCAAAUGAAUGAGUACCUUGCUGUCCUCAGAUCAUUGAUGCCACAAUCUUAUGCUCAAAGGGGUGACCAAGCAUCAAUUAUUGGGGGUGCCAUAAACUUUGUGAAGGAGCUAGAGCAGCUUUUGCAGUCGAUGGACAGCAACAAGAGGAGUAAGCAACAACCUUUGGCUGAGUUCUUCACCUUCCCACAAUUCUCAACUCGAGCAACACAGUGUAACCAAUCAGCUGGUCUCCAAGCGAACGAGUUGAAUACGACUCAGUAUAACAACAACCAGUGGGCAGCAGCAGCAGCAGACAUAGAAGUGACCAUGGUGGACAGCCAUGCCAACCUGAAGAUACUUUCCAAGAAAAGGCCUAGACAGCUGUUGAACAUGGUGGCUGGGUUUCAAAGCCUUAGGCUCAGUGUUCUUCACCUUAAUGUCACCACAGCUGAUGAAAUGGUCCUCUACUCAGUUAGCGUUAAGAUUGAAGAAGGGUGCCUCCUCAAUACAGUGGAUGAAAUAGCAGCAGCUGUUAAUCAAAUGCUGCGCAGCAUUAAUCAAGAAGUCGACUUUAAUUAGCUGAAAGUUUAAUCCUUUUGUUUGGGUGGAUUAAUUUUUCUUCCGUCUCUUUUGCAUUAUAUUGUAUGGUGUAUGUUUGCUUAUUGAGAAAAAAUUAAACUAA